AGUCAAAAGCAUUCUUUAUGAAGGAAUGGAAUGGCCCCAACAGACACUGCGAUCCCUUUCUUUCUCCCAUUCAAUUCAAUUCAAUUCAAUGGAAUUCAAUAUAAUAUUCGGUCCCCUAAUUAAGCUCCAACUCAACUUCUUCUUCAUCUUCAACUCUCUCUCUCUCUAUCUCUCUUCUUGAGUUCUUCUUCUUCAAUCUUCAUUUCAUUAAUUCGACUUACUUCUUAAUUAAUUAAAUAAACCAAACCCACAGCCAUCCAUCCAUUGAUUACACUCCACACUUUAAGAAUCCCAAUGAUUAUCCAACUGUAAAGCGAAAUCCAUAAACAAACAAAAACCUCCCUUGGCUACAGCGCCACCACCUCUACUUCGUCCUACACCACCCCUCGCCGCCGUCUUCUUCCUCCGAGAAACCAGCAAUGCCGUCGAGGCAAAACUUCCAUUCCAGGCCAACCCCCAAGCCCAGACCCACUGUUCUUUUCCUUGCCAUCACCAUCUUCUCUUCUCUCACCAUUGCUUUUGCCGCCGUUUACUUUCUGUACUACCUUUGGUACUCGCUGCUCCGCCGUCCCCGCACCACCCCCUUCGACUCCGCCGCCGCGCUGAAGCUCCGGCGGUUCAGCUUCAAGGAGCUCCGCUCCGCCACCGACCAGUUCAGCCCCGCCAACUCGCUCGGCAAGGGCGGGUCCUGCACCGUCUUCCGGGGGAUUCUCACCGACGGCAAACUCGUCGCCGUGAAGCUGCUCGAUAUGUCGUCUUUCCAGACGGAGCGCGAGUUCCAGAACGAGGUCCAGGUUCUGGGCUCCCUGAAAUCGCCGUUCAUAGUUUCGUUGUUGGGAUACUGUGUCGACAAGAGUAAAAGAUUGUUGGUGUAUGAAUACAUGCCGAAUCGGAGCUUGCAGGAGUCGCUUUUCGCCGAGAAUUCGGAUUUGAAUUGGGGGAGAAGGUUCGAGAUCAUUCUGGACGUUUCUCGAGCUCUCGAAUAUCUUCAUUCUGAUUGUGACCCGCCGGUGAUUCACGGCGACGUUAAGCCCAGCAAUGUGUUGCUCGACGCGGAGUUCAGGGCGAAGCUCUCGGAUUUCGGGUUGUCGAGAUUGAAGAUUGAGGGUGAAUUUGGCGUUGAUUUGUUCAGUCAGGAAUUGGGCAAGAGUCAGGAGCUUUCAGGGAAUUUGGCGGCCGGCGGGGCUGAAACUCCGGCGAUUGGAACUCCGGUUGACAGCUACAAUGAGGUAGAUUUCGCUCUUGCUUUGCAAGCUUCUUCUUCGUCGAAAAAUAGCAGGGUAUCUUACAAUGUUAGGGCUUUGAAUCUGAAUUCUUUUACUUACAAUGCCAACAUUGCGAGUGAGAAUGAUAAUGUAAGCAAGGCUUCCAAGGGUAAGGAGGUUUCGACUCUUGAAAAUGGCGCCGAGGAUUGGAAUAAACCCGGCGUUUAUGAUGAUGAUCUUUAUAGCACUGAUCAUAGCAAGGAGUUGAAUUUCAAUGUGGGUAAUUCCGGGGUUGGUGAUCAAACCUUGGAUAGGCGAAAAUGGGGGAAGGAUUGGUGGUGGAGACAAGAUGGUAGCGGCGAAUUGUGCAGUAAAGAUUAUGUGACAGAAUGGAUUGGGAGCCAAAUUUGUUCCUCGCCCAACCCUGAUUGGGACGAAGAGAGGAAGAGCUCUCCCGAGAACAUCAACUUGGAUAAUUUGACUCGGUUGGACAAACUUAAAGACGUGAAUGAAACCCAGUUACAAGAGCCCGGGUUUAAGUGUUACAAGAGGGGGUCUGAGGCCGAAGGAUCAAGGGGCAUAGAACCCCGAAAGAAGCACAGGAAGAUGCAGGAGUGGUGGAAGGAUGAGCACCUUGAUGAAAUUAGUAAGAAGACUGGUAAGUUAAAGAAGCUUGAUGCGAAGCGCAAGAAAGGUUUUAGAAUGCCACACGUUAAUUUUCUAUGGCAGUGUCACUUGAGGAAACGAAGAAACUCUAGACAACCGAACUGCAAAGAUGGAGAUGCCAAUUUGGAGUUCAGUUUUAGGAGAGGUUGGAAGCACAAGAAAGCCUGCUCUGCCGGGAGUGAAAUGUGGAGCGGGGAACUGUUUAGUAGGGAAUUGAGCAGCACGACUAGCAUGAGAGGAACACUGUGUUAUGUUGCUCCAGAAUAUGGUGGUUGUGGAUACCUAAUGGAGAAGGCUGACAUUUACAGCCUGGGAGUUCUGAUCCUGGUGAUUGUGUCCGGGAGAAGGCCAUUACACGUUCUUUCUUCACCCAUGAAGCUUGAGAAGGCAAACUUGAUAAGCUGGUGCCGGCACUUGGCCCAAUCGGGAAACUUAUUAGAACUUGUAGACGAGAGAUUGAAGGACGAAUACAGUAAGGACCAGGCAAGCUUGUGUAUUAACUUGGCGCUGGCUUGCUUGCAGAAAAUGCCUGAAUUGCGCCCGGACACUGGGGAGAUUGUUAAGAUUUUGAAAGGGGAGAUGGAUCUCCCUUCCCUCCCAUUUGAGUUCUCUCCCUCUCCGCCUUCCAAAUUAUUCAGCAGGUCCAGGAGAAGACAGAAGACCAGUAUGGAGUAGGCUUCCGAGCACCCCUUGACAGUUUUCUUUGUCAUGUCAAACAUGGUUUCCAUGAAUGCAAUGGCAGGAGAGAUAAAACCAGUUUGUCCAUAAAGACCUGUUUCCGGAGAGUGAAGGUUUGUGUAUGUGGGUGGUUGUAAUUUAACUCAGUUGACUUCUUACACUUCUUUCUUCGAUUUUCUUCUUCUUCUUAUUCGAUCACAUGUUGAAUCAAAGCCUAAUUUUCACGCCCCUUCUUUCGAAACACUCUUUUCUUUGCAUUCUGCUCUUCUCUUUCAGUGUUCUCUUACUGGAUGGAAUUUGAUCGACACAAAUAGUGUUAGAUUCUUGAGUCAAUGUUGGCAAAGAGAAGUUGAACUCGGGACCUUAUUAUAGUUUGUGGUUAGACUUAAAAGUGGCAAUUGCUAACAUUUUGAUCUGUUUUCCUAAACUUGUUGGUUAUCUGAACUCAUUUAUUUCCUAUUCCAGAGUGUCAUUGCAGACCAGAAAGAUGUUUCUAAAACUUGUAUUACAGGUGUUCAAGAGGCCUGCUUAUGGAAAGGCUCAGUGACAUCAAUGCUGCAUUGAUCUGACUCCUGCUAUUCAGCCAGCCCCAAAUUCAGGUAGGCAUCGGGAAACUUUUCAAGUUCUCAUAUUGAGGAAGGAUUUGACAAGAUUUGAGGCCACCCCAUGUCAGCAUUGGUUUUUAGGUAUAAAUAUGGGCAGAAGAAUACUUGUUUGUAUUGUUUUUACAUAUGCCUUUGCAUCAAAUGAAUAUCAUUGGUGGCUUUCUCAAAUACCCUUUUGAUCAUAUGCGUUUGAUUGGAUUGCAUCCACACUUAAAGCUAUUGAUCAGUGCUUCUUUCAGCAUGCUUAAAAUUGGGCAAUUCAAUGUUGAUAAUACAUACAAAUGCCAUGUGAAAAUUUGGAAUUUAUCUUUGACUGAUUCGUACUUCUUGGCCCCCUCAACUGUUUUUGGCUCCUUGGCAGAUUCAGAAGGUUUGUUUCAUUGAUGAGUGUAGCUUUGAUGUUUUGGGAUACUUUUGAUUGGGGCGACUCUUGAUUUUGGGUGCUUGUAAUAGCAGCAUUUAUGUUUUUUUCGGGGUUUAAUGUGUUGGUUUAUGGAGUAUUAGGUUGUAGGAUAGUUUUAAUUGUUGUGCAAUGUUAUUUUUGUGUAAAUACUACUAAAUACUUAAAUUUAUU